GGGAGGAUCCAUCUAUGCUGUUAGUCCCGUAGGAAAAGAAACAACAGCUUCCCCUUCCCCUCGCUAACCCAGCCCCAGCCACGGUCAACCUCGGCUCUCCGUCGCUGUGUGACCAUGGCCGACAGCUUGCGGAGAUUAAUCAACAACGAGAGCUGCAGGAUUUUGCAGGAGAAGCUGGAGAACUGGUAUAAAGAUUACCACAUUAACUCAUGUGAUCAGAAUCUGAACCGAUGUUGUGAAAUCAUAGAAAUGAACUCCAUGAUUCAGGGGCAACUCUUCACAAUCCUCAAUCAAACUGCUCGAGAAGGUGGGCAUUAUGCAGGUGUAGAGACAAUAAAAUCUCGUCUCCUGCCAUGGCUGGGGACUUGUUUUUCCAGUACUACUUCGGGAAGGCCCUUUGAAACCAGUCUUUCUCUGAUUCAGGAGUCAAUUGAGAAAGAAAGGCAGCUGAGGGAAUUUGCCAGCACUCGGAACCAUGAACUACAACAGUUGGAGAAAGAACUGAACUCAACUCGUUUACAACUCACCUUAGUGCAACAAGAUCUGGCAGAAGCCCAGAUGGCUCUUGAAGACACAAAGACCAAAUCAGCCACUACCCUUUUGGCAGCAGAGGAUGAAAUUGUUCAUCUAAAAGCAGCUCUGAAGGCUUCCCAAGCACAGGAAGAGAGCGCUUUGAGGAAUCUGGAUCGUCUGAAUGAUUAUGAGCAACAGGUUCAAAUACUAAAGGAUGAGAUUGCCAUCCUGGGUGCCCAAAAAUCUGUUCUUCACAGCAGACUUGCACGGAGUCGCUCUCCUUCUCCAAGGCCCUGUCGAAGUAGAUCACCUAGUCCUCUUCCACUCAGGAGCUGCUCACCUGGCCGGGCCAGGCUUACGAAUGCUGCACGUCAUGCCCACCUGGUGGCUCGCUUUAGUGAGAUUUAUACUCAAGAACGCUUGGAUGCACAGAACCUUCUGAGGACUUAUAUCGAUGAUCUGGAGAUAGUGCAGAGGAUAAUAUAUGUUGCAGCUGUGGAGUCUUUCCAUGCAGCGAAGAUGGCCUUCAGACAAUUCAAAAUGCGUGUGAGAAAGACUCUGUCUCUAACUUACUCAGGGCCUGAAUCACUUGAAGACACUGUCCUGGAUUAUAUAGUUCGCCAUGAGGAUUUAUAUGAUGUUCAAGCCAGUGUCAAUGAAGUAAUUCGUGCCAUGAAUAUCAAUCCUAAAAUUUCGUUCCCACCAGAAGUUGACUUCAUCAUGAUCAGCAGUUUGAUUCGGGAGUUGUGCCGUGUAGCUUUUUCAAUGCAGACCUUGGUUCCUCCCCUCGAUAUUGCAUUUGGUGCAGAUGGAGAACUUUUUAAUGAGAGCAAAUACCGUCGCAGCUAUGACUCUGAUUUUACGGCUCCCUUGGUGGUCUAUCAUGUGUGGCCUGCUCUGAUGGAAAAUGAUUCUAUUAUUGUGAAGGGAGAGGCAGUCUCAAAGAGAGGUGCUCUGUGGUCUCGCAGGAGCAGGAGUAAAAGCAGAAGCAGAAGCCGCAGCAUGAGCCCUAUUCUGUCUCAUUCUGCAAGCCCCAGCCGCACCUUGUUACCUCGAAGUCGCAGCCCUUCCCCAAUAAGGAGCGGAAGCCCAAGGCCAGCCUUAAAUACAAGCAACACAAGUGACUGCUUGGGGCCUUGUGCUUUUACAUAGGAACCUAGGAUGUGUAAUAAUGGAUCUGACCAUUAGUUCAUCAAGUCCAGUAUCUUGUUUCAGUCCAAUACCUGAUGCUUCAGAGGAAAGUGGAAAUUUCCCAUAACUCAGCUUCCUGGUUGUGGAAUGUAAAUGGCUGCAGGCAGGAGGAAUUCCUUCCUGUCCCAUGUUGCAAUCAGCUUAUGCCCCAAAACAUGAGAUUUCCUUACUUUCAUUGUAACAAAAUCCAUAGUUGUACCCGCUGUUAGUCAUGAAGUUAUUUAACUCUCUAAAAAUUCACCUACAUUCAUUAAUUCCAUGACCUCUCUUAAGGGGACUUGUGCAGACUUGGUACACUCCCUUCUUCCUCCCCACAACUGCAGGGCUGUUUGAGGCUCUACAAACUUUAAGACCAGACCAGCCCAACUUCACUAUACACUACUGUAACUAUAAUGUCACAAUUGGUGCCUGUAUACACAAACUGUGGGCCUGAUUCAGCUCUGACCCUGGUUUUAUACAUAUGUAAUGUAAAAGUUACUCCUGAUUUACACCAGGGUGAGAGAUCUAUGAGGGCUGGUAUAUGCAGAAUCAUUUCCACAGGUUCUCAGAAUGAAGUGAGAGACACACCGAAAUGGAAAAGGCACUCAAGUACGUGGUGGGCUCUCUUGUUGUCUGUGAAAAUCAAUGCACAUAUGGCCUCUGAAAUGAACAUUUAAAGAAGUUUGUUCCCUCUUAUAAGCUCUUAUAUUGUUAGUUACAGCCAGGGAGCUGGGGUUAUGGUUAUUCUGUAUACUUACACAUCAACCCCAUUAUUAAUAUCUCUAGAUAAAUGUCUUGAUUUUGAGCACUUGCAGCACUGAAGUCAGUGAUCAUAAGAAUGAUCAUACUUGGUCAGACCAAAGGUCCAUCUAGUUCAGCAUCCUGUCU